AAACCAAAAAGUCUGUCAGAGCAGGGGGGAAGAGACAGGAGCUGCACCAUGGAGUGCUUCAUCUUUUCCAUACUGUUACUGGUCUUUGCCCUGAAUUCCGAGUGUUCACCUGACACAAGGUAAAUGUAGAAAUAGCUGCAUGAAUCUGCAUUAUGAAUCAGUGAAAUGUUAUGUAAUGUUAUGCAAACAUGUUUGAUGUUCCGUCAUCUAAACUUGUUCACCAGAAGAGCUGAGUUUUCUUUUAGUCAAAUAUAUUGUAAGUUAAACUAAUUCUAUCAAAUGCUUUUGGCAAACAGUAGUACAUUGGAUGCAGUUGUGUUAAAUGCUGUUUUGAUACAUUUUCGUGCAGGUUCUUUAUCUCGGCCCCAGGAAUCUUUCAUGUGGGUGCUCCGGAGAAAGUUUUUGUCCAGAUGGGAAAGUCUUAUCUCAAUAUCCCUGUAACCCUCUUCCUGGAACAUGAGCUUUCCAGUACUCUUGUCUCUGAGAAGAAAACUGUUUGGUGUAAGAAGGACGGUGAUAUCAACACAGUUGAGCUCAUGGUAUGAGACACUUUGCCAACUGUAUGAAAAAAGCACUCAGUUUAAAUGGAAUUAUGUCAUGUUGUCAAACUCACAUUUUUUAUUCUACAGAUAAACAGAGAAGUGUAUUCGAGAAUCCCUCCAUCUGAGAGACCUGGGAGACCUUACCUCAACCUAGUGGUGGAGAGCCCACUUUCUCCAGUCAAGAAGAAAACUAGAGUCCUGGUAUCACAACACAGGGGUUAUAUCUUUAUUCAGACUCAUCAGCCAAUCUACAACCCAACACAGACAGGUAAAAGUAAACAAAUGUGGAUAAACCUGAAAUAAUAUGGAGUAUUUUUUCAAUCUGUGGAGAUGACAUGGUUUUUGUCCUCUUCUCUAGUGAGGUACAGGAUAUUCACUCUUAACCACAUGCUCAGGCCUCAUGAGGAAAUAUUCAAGUUUUCAGUAUUUGUGAGUCCAUAUUAAGCGACAUAGAGGACAUUCUUCAAGAAUUAUAAAUAAAUGCAUAUGUUAACUUCUAGAUUGUUAUUUUUGUGUCAUGACAGAAUGCAGAUGGAAACCGAGUCAUUGAUUCUCUUGUGACUGCAAAAGGAGGAAUAUACCAAGGAAAACUGCAAAUACCUGAUGUCUCUAAGUAUGUUAAAACAGAUUUACAACACCUUUGUCUCCUACGACAAAACACACAACUCUGAGGUAAAACACUUCUGUUGUUUUUAUAAAGACUUGGUACAUGGAAGAUUACAGCUAACUAUGUUGGGGAUGAAGCAAACAAGGCUUCACGGGAGUUUGUUGUCCAAAAAUUUGGUAAGCUCAUAUUUUGUUGGUAUUUCAUUUUUUUUAACUCUAUGAUAAUAUUCCUAAUAUCUAUAAAACACUAUGUUGUUGCUCUUCCUAGUUUUGCCAAGUUUUGAGGUGAACAUUGCAAUGGAGCAGAACUUUAUUUUAUUGAAUGCUGAACAAUUUGACUUCACAAUCUCAGCCAAGUAAGUGAAAAUGAAUCAAGUUUUUCUGAUGGAGAUUUCUUAUCUCCGACUGGACAUUAUUGGUUAUGCUUUAUGACAGGAGAGUUCAAAAAUGGAACGACAAACACAACCAAACCAUUGCCUCAUUAAUUUACAGUACAAUACAACAAAACACAAAAACCUUAUUGAUCCCCAAAGAAAGUUCAUCUCCAGGAUUACUGCCAACUGAGCAAGAAUUAUCUUAUCAGGCUGUUUUCUAUUCAUUCACAUAUCCAGAGUUCUGUGUCUGGCUAUCUAGGGUAUCCAUGUAUGGUCUUCACAUACAGUUUGCAUGUACAGUAUGUUCACACAGGAAAUGGCCUAUUUUAAAGCUCCUGUUAGGAACUUUCUGCUUUAACAAGCAUUAUAAGCUUAUUAAAGCUCCUAGAAGCUGAAAUGAAGAACAACUUACUUAUAACCUAUGGCGAUAUUAAAAAAUGGAAAUUGAACCUCCUAGAAGUAAAGCUCUGGAUACACUGAUUGACCGAUACAGUUUCGAUUGGUGUGUAAAAUGGUCUGAUUUCAUAAUGUAUUUGUCUAAACUAUAAUAUCUCUGAGGAAAUCUUUCUUAUCCUGAUCUCCUGCCAGUUCAUUACUUGCUUGCAAUGAACACCUAGUUGGCCAUUAUCUCUGAAAGACUCUUAACGUGCCCUCUUUUAUUAUUUCACAAUUACUUUUCAAGGUAUUCACAUGGUGAGGGAGUUAGAGGGGCUUACCACUGCCAGUUUGGUGUAGUAGAAAAGGAUCCAUCAAGUGGUCAACAAAGAAAGCCAGUCUAUGUCGGGGGACUUGAAUUAACCGGUUCGGUAAGGAAAUGCAAAUCUAUUCGACCUUUUCAAUGUGGCGUAUUUCUUGGUCUGCUAGUAGAUCAAAAAUUGCAAUUUGAAAAUCUGUGUUUUAUGCCAUUUCUCACAGGUACAGAAUGGAAUGGAGCCCACAAAAGCAUCCUUACAGAUGGCAGACUUGGAUUUUCAACUUCAAAAACUAAAUGUAACUCUGUCCCAACUGCAGCAAAGAGGAUCAAAACUCUACAUAGGAGUAUUUGUCACCAACAUACAGAGUAAGGAACACAUCACCACACAAAUCAACUUCUGCCACCUUUCAAACAAAAUAAUGGGAUUAAUAGCCAUACUUGUGAUUUCAAACUAAAGGAUACUGUUUCUUUCAAAUAUAUAUUUUUUCUGCUAUUGUAAGGAGAAAGUCAUACCUAACCUCAAAAACUAGUGCCCUCAUAAAUAUAAGAUUUAACAUUGCCAGUUUGACAAGAUAAUAUAUCUAUAUAUAUAAGUUUAACACAUACUCUACAUGUAUAGUGGCAGUGUCUAGGAUAUUGUAUUGCAUCACACAGUGAAUUUGAUCUGUGUUAUUUGGUCCAGGUGGUGAAAUACAAGGGGAUGAAGUUAACCUUCCUAUCAUCUCUCACAAGUACACCAUGGAUCUAUCCCGCACACGUUCAUAUUUCCUUCCAGGAUAUCCUCUAGAUGUGGUGGUAUGCAUUUAAGUAGCACAUGGAUAAAAAGCUGUUUUCAUGUCUGUGAUGAAUGUGUGCGUCAAAGAUUUUGUUGGUUGUUCAUGUAGGUGGUCAUGCGUCACCCUGAUGGUUCUCCAGCAGCUAAAGUGCCAGUAAGAGUUGCUGUUUCGUCAGCCAUAGAGGCACCUUGGGAGGGCAGGACUGACCAGGAGGGGGCAGUGUAUCCUGUAUUUAACAUUGACGGUGCAGCCCAGCAGAUUAACCUGGAAGUUAGUUUUUUUGUUUGUUUUUUUUUGUAUUUUCUGAAGAACAAACACGUUAAAGGUGCUGGAUUUUUCUUUAUUUUAAUGAAAAUCAAAACCCUUAUUUUUAUUAGGUGUCUGCAGAUGAUCUGCAACAAAGAAAAGUGCUACAACGAGCUUCAUCUCCCAGCAACAGCUACCUUUACCUGAGUUUAGAAAACAAGGUGUACUCGGUUGGAGAGUCAUUCACUGUAAAUUACAACACUGUCAACAGCCCGACAGAUGGGUACAUAUACUACAUGGUGAGGCGAGGCUGAAUGGAUGCAGCAAAGAUUGCUUUUACUAAGAAAGAAUAGAUUUUUACAUCUUGACUCAAUUCUGUUGUUGUAGGUCUUAAGCCGAGGGAUCCUUGUGGAAAGCGGUAAAGUCUCGAUGGGUAUUUCAGUUAGCCACAAACUAGUGGUAACUUCUGAUAUGGUUCCCACCUUCCGUCUGAUUGGAUACUUCUACAACCAGCGGGGUGACAUCAUUGCUGACUCAGUGUGGCUGGAUGUCAAGGAUGAAUGUGCGAUCAAGGUUCAUGUGAGUAAACAGCAGAGCCGGCCCAAGCCUGAAUGGGGCCCUAUGCAAAAUUUGAUUUUUGGGCCCUGUAUUUCAGCCAAUAAUAUUGAUUGUUGAUCAUUCAUACACCUUCACAAAUCUCGUUGAUUAAAAUUCCAUGACAUGCAAACAUACCUUUAUCUUGGUGUUUUUCUCUUCUUCCUCUUUCUUUUUUCUGCUCCUGAAGAAUAUGUCCUUUUUUGUGACACUGUUUUGCCCCACAACUACUUGUGCUUUGGAUGCUCAGUGCACAUUGCACAGCAGAGGGCACACAACGGUAGCGGAGCUUUGACAUAUCAGCAGUAAGAACCAUAGGCCUACAUCAUCAGCAGCACUAAAAUGUUUUACAUUUUAUUUUUACAAUAAUAUAUAUUUGAUCAUACAGAAAGCAUCACUCAUACAUACCAACCUUUGAUAAAACUUUAGAAAGACUCUUUUUGUAGCACUCUUUGUCAUUACGAAAUACAUCAGUAGCUCUGUUUCAGGUUCUUGUCAACUAUAAGACACAGCCAAGUGUUUCUCUGAAAAGAUGUUCGGUGGUAUUUCAUGACCUCUAAAAUUUACUUUUAAAAAUCUCUGACAUAUUUAACUGUGCACAUCCAGGUAGAACAUAAAGGACUGGCUGCACCGAAGGACCGGUAUAAACUACAAUUUAAUUUAGAUGGUCAAAAAGCCCGAGUGGCUCUACUGGCUGUGGAUAAGGCCAUCUAUGGUCUAAAGGCUGAUAAUAAACUCACAGCCAAACAGGUAACACUUAUACAAUUUGACUCAUUCAUAAAACACAACCAAGUCAUGUCCAUGACUCAAAUACUCCUACUUUUCAGGUGUUUUCCACCAUGCAGUCUUAUGACCACGGCUGCGCCUACACAGGAGGAUCUGACCCUGCUUCAGUGCUGAUUGAUUCUGGACUGUCAUUUUUAACUCAUUCUGCAGCAGAUUGGAGGAAGAGUAUGAAAAAAACAAGCUUUUUUCAUUGAAUCCUUAGGUUUAAAAAAAGUUCUUAUUCAAAUAGUCUGGAUUGUGUUUGAUCGUAUUUUGGCUGACUGGACCCUGGUGCUAAGGAAGUUUGUUAAAUGCAGUCAAUAAAUAAGUAUUAGUAAGUUUAAGUUCAUAGAACACAAAAAAUUCAGAAACUCCAGAACUUGGAGUUAAAAAAAAAGAAAUUACUGUAUUCAUGUUGAUGAGUGGCAAAACAGUCACAUUGACCUUUUUGGCUCACAUUUGAUUUCACAAUACCAACAACCAUCAAAAUCCAAGCAGUGAGAAAUAUCCACAUGCUCAUGCAGAAAAUCCUAAACUUUAAUGAUGUCAUGUCUUUAUAGAGCUUGGCUGCAACGCACAAUCAACACGACAAAGACGUGAAGUGGACCUUCAGCAGGAACUGGUCACUUUAAGUAAGAUGAUACUUACACAAUGCAUGCAGCAAAGGUCUAGCAUACUAUAUGAUAUUUCCUGUAGGACAACGCUACAAAGUUGUCAAUUUUUUUUCUGUCAUUUUCAGAAUCUAACUUUUCAGAUGAAAAAUUGAAAGACUGCUGCGUUCAUGGCUUUUCUCUCAUUCCAAUGAUGCGAACAUGUCAUGAAAGAGUGAGGAGAGUCUCUCAGGUGGAGGCAAAUCCUCUUUGUGCUGAGGUAUUUUUACGAUGCUGCCUUGAAGGAGAGCGUCUCAGACAAAAGAAGACACAAGAAGAUGCCUGGAAAAACCUUGGAAGGAGUGAGUUUGAAUUUUCAGAUAAAUAUUUAACAUAGUACAAAUGAAGAAAGCAUGUAGUCAGGCCAGCUGAUAAGUCUGCUUGUACCCAAGAUAUGGUGAUUUGAGAAGCCCAUCCUACUCCUCCUUAGAUUACCAGCAACUUUGAAAAUUAGGAAAGUAAAAAGCAAGAUAUUUGCUUGAGACUCUGUCAGCGUGCCUGCAUGUAGUAUCUGUAGUUGGGUUUUUUUUUCUGUUUAAUUACAGACCUUUCAAUUUUUUGUUUGAAGCUGAAACAACAGAAGACAUUGAACAGUACUUCUUGGAAAAUGCUGGCAGGAACAUUCGACGUUUUUUUCCCCCGAGCUUUGAGUUCAGAGAGUAUGAUGUAAAUGGCAAAGGAAGGUAAGAUAUUAAUAAUUAACUUUUAACAGUCUAUUUGAUAUUUUCAUCUCCAGUGUGUUAAAGAGGCUUGCAGUCAUUUGCCAAACCCCUGAUAUUUUACCUGUCAAUGUCUUAUUGUUGGUGGAGGAUCUCUGCUUCUUAAUAAUAUUUAGUGUAGUGUGCAGUCUUUUUAGUCUCAAGUAUUGAUUUAAUCAAUCACAGCUUUUGUUUGAUGCAUAUUAAACUGAUUAAUGAUAAAUCUUCAGCUAUGAUUUAGCUCUACCGGAUUCAAUCACUACAUGGGAGAUUCAGAUUGCCACUCUGUCUGCAGCCACAGGUAAAAAGUGCAUUCUGUACGUCUGAUUGCUGAGUUGUUUAUUAAAACUUUUACUAAAUGAACUCUGUUUUUUAUUCAGGUUUCUGUGUUGUCAAACCAAUUGAAGUCAAAGCAUUUAAGAAGGUAUUUGUGUCCCUGAGACUGCCCUAUUCUGUGAAAAAAUAUGAGCAACUUGCCAUUUCACCCGUUAUCUACAACUAUGGCGUAGACCCAGUACAGGUACAUACAACUUAAAUGUAUAAAAUUGUUUUAAAAAAUGGUACAAUUCAAAUCAAGUUUUUCAAAGUCUGAUUUUCUUUGUAGCUGGCAGUACAUAUGGAACAAAUAGAAGGACUUUGCUCCCCUGGCUCAGCCACCACUACAGCCUUUGUCAACAUUACUUUGAAGGGAGAGUCCUCCCAGUUCGUCUCUUUCUCCACUGUCCCCAUGGUGACCGGCUCAUUUCCCAUCAAAAUACAUCUCUAUGAUAUAGAGCAAGAAAAUGGGCUAGACGCUAUUGAGAAGACUUUGAAUGUCUUGGUGAGUGACAGAGGUAUUAUUUCGCAAAUAAGUUUGAAAAGUGGCUAAAGUUGCAUAGACGCUAAUGGUCACAUACCUUUAAAUGUUCAUUAAUUUCAGUAGCUUUUUAAAAAUUUCUAUACCUGAAUGUGUAUUAAUGGCUGUAAUGUUGUCUAAUGACCUAUAAUUUGCUUUAAAUUUUUUACUAUAAAGCAAUUUAUGGACCGGCAAUGUUGACUGUCCCUGUACUCAUAUUUUCUUUUGUUGCAGUCAGAGGGAAUAGAAAAAAGAGUGGAAAACACAAAAGUCUUUAAAUUAGAUGGUAAGUUGAAAUCACAUACGUUUUUAUGAUACUCUCCUGGUGGUUGAGGUCACUUUUUUUACAUUUACUUGAAUCAUUUCCAUCUCUAUACUUUGAUAGGGAGGAGCUCAGAUACUUUCUUAAUCGAUGGAUCAUUCCCAGAGGACAGAGUCCCUGACUCCAGCUCAAAUAUAUUCGUCUCUGUAGAAGGUAUAUGUAGUUAGACACAGACAUGCUAUUAACAAACCAGUUAUGAACAGUGCUCUCUAACAGUUUCUCUAUUCGUGCGUGACAGGGGAUGGAUUUGGCACUUCACAUGCAAAGAACCUUCUUUCCCCUGAAAAGGUUGCAAAACUGAUCAAACUGCCUACUGGGUGUUUAGAACAGACCAUGAGAAAACUUGCCCCUACAGUUGCAGCGGUCCGCUACCUCGACCUGAGUGAUCAGUGGUUUGACCUGACACCUGGUGCUAGAGACCAAGCCUUGGAUCACAUUGAAUAUGGUAAGAGCACAUUAAGCAGUUAUCUGUUUGAUGUCUGUAGCAUUAUUGUUCAUUGUGAAGUUUGCACAGACUCAACUCAUCUCUGUGUAGCAACUUGCAAUUUUGUCCAACCUUACAAACGUUUUCCCCAGUUCUUCUAUCCUCAAUCCAUCAGUUCUUGAUCUCCUCGCUUUGCAACAUACACUGAAACUUUUUAAAGCAGUGAACAGCAGUCAUUCUUGGUCUUCUCUUUCACAUUCUUGUUUCAUUAUUGUGUUGUUUUACAUUUCUGAACUUUGCACCCUGCACAGGUAACUCCGAUGCAGGUUUUCUAAGAAUUAUAUCAUACAAGGAUAAAAAGACUGGAGCUUAUUCAUCAUUUAGCUCAGUGCCACAGAGUAAUUGGUGAGUGCACAAGUUACCUGGCUGUUUUUUUAAGGUACUGUAGUUACAUUUAAUAUCCCGCAUAGCAAAUCAAGUGUCUUCAGUUCCAGUAUUUCAAUUUGUUUACCACCUCCCCUCUUCAUUUGUACUCUGUUGUUCUUUCUCAUGUCCUCAGGGUGACUGCACUCGUAGUGAAGGUGUUUUCACUGGUGGCCCAGCGUCAGUCACAGUCUUUCGGGCAGCAGACCAGAGUGGCAAAUGUUGUGCCAGUGGAAGAGAUCAGACAACCAGUCCGUUUCUUGCUCUCAAAGCAGAGGAAUGACGGGUCAUUCACUGACCCACAUCAAGUGUUACACAGAGGAGUUCUGGUAACUGCAAGGCCACUGCACACAUUAUAACCCACAUACUUACAAGAACAAUGUAUGUUGUGAUAACUGCCUUACAGCAUUGAAUUGAAAUCAUUAUUAUAUUCAUUUUUAACAUAGACAGGCAGAGACCAAGAUGCAUCCAUCACAGCUUUUGUCGCUCUUGCACUGCAACGAUCCCUUGAAUUCCUGCAUCCAGGGGGAAGAAAUGAAACGGUAAGAUAAUACAAAGACUCAUUCAUUGACUUUGAGGACAGCAGCGUUGGCUGAACCACCACUUAGUUUAAGAUCUUAAUACUUUAAUAUGUACUGAAUGCCUGCCAUGAGAUUUUUUUAAGACAUUCAGUGAGCUAGCUCCACUGGUGAACCCUGAUGACUUUGGUGAUCCCUUGACCUCACCUCUGACCUUUAUCAGCCCCAAAUUUUCCCUCAUCAGAUGAAACACCUAAAUAUUGUUCGUGGCACAAGAUUACAUCCAGACAUUAAGAUUUUGGGCUCUGUUUUCGUGCCUCGCCGGAGACAUGCCGCAGGCGCAGCGUAAGUCAGGUCCGCCGCACCAACAAGGCGUUCCCAAGCACAUUUUGGUAUUUUGGUGAGCGGCGCAGCCCGGUGUAAGUAUCCCCCCUCCCUAACUCAGCUCCUCCCUGCGGCGUAAGUCGUAGCGAGGGAGGAGAGAGGGCGUGGAGUGGGUUUAACACAGCCGAGACCUGUUUUCACCAAUCUCAUAAGCUCCUCUCCUUGCCUUUAAAUCCGCCACAGGCGAGGCGUGUUACUAUUUUCAUGAAGUAGUCAAAGAGAUCAAGAGAUGUCUGAAGACAGUAAUGCCACACGUUGGCAACAGAAGGCAGCUCCUCAACAAGUGUCACUGUAAGCGCUGCAUUGGGCGUCCUCCACACUCUCUCAUAUAAGCACAGAUGGAUUUGGUGUGUGUAAUGUUGGACCCACUGGUAAGACAAACACCCUUUUCCACAAAUAAAGACACUCACAUAAAUUUGCAUAUAUUCAAACCUCACGUGAAAAAGAUGGGUUGUGCGCACAGAACACAACAUAAACUCGAAAAAUGGCAUUAAAAUCGGAACCAUCUGUGCGUAAAUGACGCAUCGUGCUCCGUGGCCUGGCUCUUUCUUUCAUAGAUGUUGGCAUGUAAAAUAAAUUUGGCUCACAAAACUGAAUAUUAUAAUAUCUGUAUGUCGGCUUAAGGUAGAUAACUCAUCUGAGCACUGAAACAAAUCAUCUGUUCAGCCGCUGCGGCAGCAGCUGCAGCAGGACGGGGAGAGGACAUGGAGACAUGUCCAGGUUGAGCUGCGCAAGAAAUAAGAGGAAGAGGAAGAAAGAAAAGGAGGGAGACAAAUUAAAUAUCUUGUUAACUUCAUCAUGUGUGUUUAUUUACUAGAUAUCUAAUUUAAUUUGAUGCGGUUUCAGCUGUGUUGAUUCAGUCAGGUUGUGUGUCCACACGGGUGCCAAACGCGCUCAUCAGAUCAGAUAUAGAUCAGAAUAUAUCUUUAUAGAUCUAAAUGUGUGUGCUGACUCAGAUUAUUAGUUGUUGAUGAUUAUUUAUUGCACUGAAAUGUGCCUGACACUGUGGAAACCUGCUGGUGAGGCAUCUGUGACACAUGCCGAUACACCGCCGGUCUACCAAAAUACUACUAGACCAGCUGCGCUCCGCCUGCGCUGAAAACUGACCAGGUUUGAAUCGGCGAGCUUUCAGCGCACUUUACACGCCACUGGCGAGCACGAAAAUGUCACUGCGCCCGCUGAUUCUGUCGACACCUCCCCCUGCCACGCCACCACGCCCAGCUUGGCGGAUCUCGGUUCGCCUCCGUGCGCCUCAGUCCAUGAAAAUACCAAACUGGCUGUACGCCGGGCUCCGCCAGACGAAAAUACACAUGCGCGGUGUCCGCCACCCUCCGCCGCCUCACGGGCAUACACAAAAAUAGAGCCCUUUAUCUAGACAGGCUCAUAAACUUUUAAAUCUGGAUAAAUCCUUUUUCCUUGAAAAUCUUCUGAUACAUGUUUGGCUAGAUGCUCUCUGUUGCAAUGCAUCAGAGCAGAUUUUGAAAACCGUCUUUUCUUCCAGUCUGCAAAACUUAGCAGUACAACAACGCUCACAGAUGCAUCAUAGAGAUUCCAGCACAUUACUUCUUAUUUUGAUACACUAGUAAUGCAAUACUUGCAAAGUGAAGUUAUAUUUAAGAAGUGUUGACUGUUUUUUGCUUCUUCCCACCAGGAGGCCAGCAUUUCAAGAUCAACAGCAUACCUCCUAUCACAUCUUCAGGAGCUUCGGCAUCCAUAUGCUGUAGCCAUUGCAGUCUACUGCCUUGCAUUUUGUAUGCCACCAGACACAAGUCAUUCAUCUGCCUGGGCAAAUCUUGAAGUACUUUUUUCAGAGGGUGAGUCAAAUUGAAGCCACUGGUCUGAGUGCUGUGGGGUAAAAAAUGAUGCUUUACCCAUUAACACUGAGAAACUGUCAAAAUAGAGAGUUAAAAGUAAUGAGCUUGUUGAUAAUAUGAAAAUGUGAUAUUUUAUACAUGUAGAUAUCCUCCAAAACCUGAAACUAAACAGUUUAAUAAUGGUCACGAUGAAAAGUCAACCAAAAGGGUGUAACAUGGCGCAUUAUGCUGAAACUUUUAUCCACUUAAAUCUGCUGUGUUUUGUAACUUUCAGGAGAGAAUCACUGUCAUCUAUGGGCGACCCAUCCCAGCUUACGGAGUCAAGCUCGAGCAGAUGCCAUCACUAUAGAGACUACAGCCUACGCCCUCCUUGCAGCAGUGGAACUACAGAAAACUGAAUGGGCAAACAGAGCAGCCUGCUGGUUAACCACCCAAGAAAACCAUGCUGGAGGCUUCGUCUCAACACAGGUUAUUGUGAUGUUAGAUUGAGAACAGUUUGAGCCUUGGUUUUGGAUCUAGUCCUCUGAUCAUCCUUGUGGUCCCAUAUUAAAAACAAAUACUCAGGAUUAAACACCAGAGUGAAGAUGUUAAGCAUGUUUUGUUGUCAUGUCCAGGAUACCGUCAUGGCACUAGAAGCUCUGGCAGAGUAUGAGCUGAAGAGACCGCCCAGUCCUGAAGCAAAUCUAAGAGCAGUGUUCACAGUUCAAGGAAGGAGAGAUAUUGUAAAACUUGAUCUGGAAAGUAAGAAGGACAAGGUGGAAAAAGACCUCAAGGUACCACUGAGCAUAUGAGCACUUCCCUGCCAGGGAACACUUGAAAAAUGUACCUCAUUAUUUUUCACUUUUCAAUGUUCUUGUUUUUUUUGUCUCAGAAAUUUGCUGGACAGAGAAUUUCUGUAGAUGUGACAGGAAAAGGAGGGACCAAGCUAAAAGUGAGUUAGGUUUAUAUCCAUCAUAUAUGCUGACAAAGAACAAUAUUUGAUCUUUAGUAUGUCUACUAGAUAGUGAAGGCCUAUCAUCUGCUGGAGCCCAACGAUGACUGUAAACAACUCUCCAUCAGAGUCACAGUAGAAGGGAAAGUGAAGUACACCGGUGAGCCUUUGUCACUGAGAACAAAUCACAGCUGCUUGUAAAGCCAAUGAAAGCAACACCUGUGGGUUAAACUCUGUCUCUCUAGCCAAGGUCGUAGAAAACUAUGACUACUAUGAGGAUUAUGAUAACGUUGAGGAGAAGGAGGUGCGAAUACCUCGAUCAGCGAUUGAGUGGUUUGAUGCUCACAGCAGAAGCAGGAGAGACCUUGAUAACAACAUGAACUCAGAUGAGUCUCUCACCUACGAAGUCUGUGUCACGUAAGUUGAAUGGCAUUCAAAUCACCUCUGCUCCAACUAUUAAAGAGAAAUGGAGCUUUGAAUGGGUGAAAAAAAAAACAGUUCAUUAUACCUUUAUUUCUAUCUCUUUUAUGUGCACAGUCGUAGUCUUUACAACAAUCUCACAGGCAUGGCCAUUGCUGACAUCACACUCCUGAGUGGUUUUGAGGCUGUAACUGAAGACCUUGACAGAGUAAGUACACUUAAAUCUAUUACUCCUGUUUCUUUUGCUCUCAUCUGCAUUGAGCACAUAUUCAAAAGUUACUGUUUCGUUGUUUUGCCCCAUGCUUGUUCUCCAUAGAAACAGCUGGGAAAGGUCCUGGGUUGCACUGUCACAAAUUUUGAACCUGAAUUACAAAUUUUGACUUUGAUUCAACACUUGGUUUAGUAUGAAGAUUCUCCUCAAUUUAAUGAUACUUCAAAAUGAAAUAACACUAGUGCAGUACUCGGUGCCUGAUAGAGCAGAAGCAUGAUGUCUGCAAGGGUUGGUCAAGCUUGUGGGGGCAGCAAUAGCUGAGGAGGUAGAACGGUUGUCCAAUAACCGGAAGGUUGGCAGUUUGAUUCCCCCCUAUCCCGAGUCUGUCCGUUGUGUCCUUGGGCAAGACACUUAACCCGCCUUGCUCCCAGUGUGUGUCCUCCACUGGUGUAUGAUUGUGAGUGUUGUGUGGUGGUGGUCGGAGAAGAGGUAGGCAGACUGGCAGCCACGUUUACGUCAGCCUGCCCCAGGGCAGCUGUGACUACUGAGGUAGUUAACCACCACCAAAGUGUGACUGUGUGAGCGAAUGAAUGAUGUAUCCAAUGUAAAGCGCUUUGAGGGUCUCUGAUAAAGCGCUAUAUGAAAUCUGAUGAAUUAUUAUUUCAUGUGUUCUUAACAACAGAAAACAGUGCAAAGAAACCAUAAAAUUUAAUUCAGCAGUGUAGAAGAAAUAGAGUAACACCCAUGAUUUUUUGGGCAUGAAUUAUUAACAAACUAUGGUCCUUCCUCAUAAAGUGUCAAGUAACGGAAACUAGAAGGCUUAUGCCAACUUUGCAACUCUAGUCCCUGGUUUUUGUUAUGUAGGAGUAAAACGAAGCUGUUUAACAAAAAUGUGUAGAAACUUUUGGAAUCACAACAUUAACAAGGAGAACACUUUAUCUUAAAAGACGCUCUGGAAUUAUAACGUUUAUUCUUUGUCUUCUCAGCUUAAGGAAGAACCUGAAAGAUACAUUUCUCAUUAUGAAGUCUCUUUUGGAAAAGUGCUGCUAUACUUUAACGAGGUAAGGCUGAAAUCUAUUUACAUACAUAGAAAAAAAGACUUGCUAAUUUACUAAAGAUCCUUUUCUUCCCCUAGCUCUUUGAUACAGAGGAAUGCAUACGUUUUAGCGCUAUACAGACAGUCCCCAUCGGCCUUCUACAGCCAGCUCCUGCUGUGUUUUACGAUUACUAUGAACCAGGUAAGCUUUCAUUUAUGAUCAGGAUGAAGAGGGCACAUUUGUUUGACUUGUCAACAAUUGAUGAAAUUUGUGCUUCGAUUCUUAGAUCGGAAGUGUACAGUGUUUUACUCUGCUCCCCGAAGGAGCAAGCUGAUCUCUACACUGUGUUCAGAGGAUGUUUGCCAGUGUGCAGAGAGUGAGUGAUUACUCUCCAGAUCUGUAUCAAUAUAGAAAACACUCCUGUAAAUGAUUGUAGGCAGGUUUGAAUUAAGAAAUGGAUCAUGUUUGUCUUUUUUUAUAGGACCUUGCCAUAAAAUACAAACCACAUUCAAACAAGAAAGGGGUCGAGGGAGAAAUGAGAACAAGCGUUUACAGCAUGCUUGUUUCUCCCCAACGGUAGACUAUGGUCAGUACUGCUCAUGACAAGAAGAUAUGAGGUGGACAAUAAAUUGAACCUCACAUCUUUGCUAUGAAGAUUGAAAAUGUAAAAAAAUUAUGCAGAGGGAUGUCUGAGAUUAAUUGUGCUUGGUGUACUCCUUUUGUUGUUUUAGCAUACAUUGUUGAGGUCCUUAAUGUGUCCAUGAAGAGCAACUUUGAGCUCUACAGGUUGACCAUAAAUGAGGUGCUGAAAUCACGUAAGUAAAUCACAACCACUAGCUUAUAGUAUGUGGAAACACAGCUUUGAAUGUUUGUGUGACAUCCAUGACUUUUACACAUGCAAGAAUUAAAACUGUGAUGAUACUUAUGUGUGUACCAGAUGGAGAUAUCAGGGUCGAUGCGAAUGCUAUUCGAGUGUUUGCGAAGAGACGUCACUGUAAAGGACAGCUAGACCUGGGGAAACAGUAUCUGAUCAUGGGCAAAGAUGGCUCCACAACCGACUCCAAUGGAAUGUGAGUAAAACUUUUCUUAAUAAAAUGUAUUUUUACACAGGUUGAUCUUAUCCUUGCUCCCUCUCCUCCUUUUUUUGUAGGAUGCAGUACCUGCUGGAAUCAAACACCUGGGUCGAAAGGAAGCCUUCAGAGGAGGAGUGUGCAAAGACUGCAAACAAGCCUGCCUGCAACAAGUUUAACUUAUUUACAGAUACCUACAAGGUGAAUGGCUGCAGACAGUGAAGAGGACUGCCACAACAGUGUGCAUCAUUUCACUUUCAUUUUCUGCUUGGUGUAGCUGUUUCUGUAGUUCCCUAUGAAAUUCAUAAAGCUCUGUGUCUUGUCAGCAUUGCUAAAGACCAAUCAUAUAUGCAUAGAGUCAUUGCUUGCCAGACAGUAGAUGGAUGCCUGGAUCCAUCACAUGAAAGUAUGCAACAAAAGAUGUAACCAUUCUUCUUUUAUCCAUAAAGCAGAUUAUGUUUUAAUAAAAACAUUUUGAUGUGAAUAACUGCGUAAAAUCAGAAA